GCCGGAGCUGAGUUGCACAAAGAGUUAAUUCCAAAGAGGGCUUUUGUCCUAGAGAGGCGCACAGGAAUAAGCAUGUGUGGGUGCAGGGCACAUGGCUGCAUAUGUACACACCUCUCCCUGUGUGUGUACACCAACAGCUGCAGCCUCUUCCUGCUCCGCCCUGAACAAACUUCUGCCAGACCAGAAGUUAAGAGCUGCCCUCUGCACGGUGACUGGGAGCUAGUACCAUUACACAGACUGAGAAGACAAGUCUCUGCCCCGAAGGGCUCCCAGUCUGAAAGCAGGCAAAGGGAGAAAACGGAGGAAGGAGAAGCCGAAGCAAGGGUAAGCUCAAUGCGCUAAUGGAGAACAAAAUGGCUGCCGCGGUUCUGGCCCACGAGCUCUCCUUCCAAGCUCAGCUCGAGCAGAACAUUGAAAGAGAAGAACGAGCCCGCAUCAGCCUCGGCCUGGGGAAGAGGGAACGGACUGCCUUGCUCGAAGAACUCAUGGGGUGGGGGUUACCCCACAUGGAGAGGUGGGAACACGGGAAAAGGGGAUCUCCUCCGAGCGGGGAAACUGGCGGGCCGAAAGCACGACAAGGGCACGCAACGCCAGCCUGGAAUGACAUGCGGCCACCUCCACUGACCCAGAAAGAUGAUGUCGAGGCCUAUCUGGCCACCUUUGAGUGUGUGGCUGAGGCCUGCUGGUGGCCAAGGGACCACUGGGCAUCUCGGCUCGCGCCAGCCCUCAGCGGGAGCGCCCAGCAGGCCUAUUACGCCCUGGGGCCCUGCGGCAGGAAAGACUACAAGCAGCUGAAGGAGGCCAUCUUGAAAGGCUACAACAUCACUGCGGAGACGCGGCGGCAGCGCUUCAGGCAGUUCUGCUACCCAGAGUCCGAGCGUCCCUUGGCGGUCUUGGGCCAGCUCCGGGAGCUGUGCUACCAGUGGCUGAAGCCGGAGAGGCAUAGCAAAGAGCAGAUCCUGGAGUUGCUGCUUCUGGAGCAGUUUGUGGCCAUCCUGCCCCUGGAAACCCAGAGCUGGGUGAGGGAACGGGGUCCGGAGUCCUGUCGGCAGGCAGUGGCCCUGGUAGAAGAGUUUCUGCGGAAGCGGCAAGACGCCAAGCGCUGGGAACAGAAGGAGGUGGCGAUGGAGACACAUGAGCAAAAGCCGACAGCAUCAGAAAUUGGGCAGAGGUCUCCCUGCCAGGAAGGCGGGUCUGAGCAUGGAGUUGACAGCAAAUCCGGGCCAGGCAUUGCGAUGGUCCCCAGCGAAAAAGAAGCACAGACGCUCCCGCGGGAGACUUCUGAGGCAGAAGAGCUGAGAGCUCCCUCUCCAGGGAGACAGACGGGGGACCUUUCCCCGGAUCAGGAAAAGGUUUGUGCCAUCCAAAGCCGGACAGCUAAGGAUCCAACCACACUAUCAAAAGAGAAAGACACCACUGCUGUUUAUCACGACUCAGGACUCCAUAAGAUUCAAGCAGCCGGAGGCAGGCAGCGUAGCAAAAGUUUUGGGAGGCAGGCGGAACUUUUCAGGGACAAGAGGCCGCACCCUGAAGAGGAACCUUUCCAGUGCCCCAAGUGCCGGAGGCGGUUCAGUGAACGCGCCACCUUCCAGCAGCACCUCAAGAGCCACUUUGCCGAGAAGCGGUACCAGUGCACUGAGUGCGAGAUGCGCUUCCGUCAGAGCUCGGACCUCCUCAAACACCAGCGCAUCCACACAGGAGAGAAGCCUUACCAGUGUCUGGAGUGCGGCAAGACAUUCAGCCUGUGCUCGGCUCUCUACAGGCACUGCAGAGGGCACUCGGGAGAGAAACCCUUCCAGUGCAAAGAGUGCGGGAAAAGUUUCACGCGGAACUCUAGCCUGGCGCAGCACCAUCGGCUCCACAAGCGGUAGGACCAGGAGCGCGGUCCGGGUCCUGCUAGUGAGGGAGACAGUUUUGGAGCCGGCUGCCCGGAGGAACCGCCUGCAUUCACUGAUCUUAUGCAAACACAGAAACUUCUGCCAGCGUAGAACUGUGCAUCUCCAGAAAGUGAGAAUGUUCACUUUAAAAAAACCAACCACACACAACAGGUUUCUAGUCCUCCAGGUCUGCAAAAUCAAAGCUGAAACUAUGUAGGCGGAAAUAUACGACUUGAGCAGCCCGCAUCGUUCUUUGUAACUAGCAACGUCAACAACUAUGCAAAAUAAAUACAUGUUUAUUUUAUGUUUA